AUGGGAAACAAUGGCUCCAAGGGCGAACGCUGGCAGAGAGAUUCUGAGGCUCCAUCAUGCCAUUCGUGUGCUGUCAAUUUCUCCAUUAGCACACGGCGUCAUCACUGUCGUAAUUGCGGCUAUGUGUUUUGUGGAAACUGUUCAAAUUUUAGCUGCAGUAUUCCGAUGCGUGGAAUUCAUGUGCCCGUGCGGGUGUGUGCCGAUUGCCUCCACGCAUUACGCAGGGAUUUUGAUGGAGCUUUAGUCGGUGGAAGCUUUAGACAGUGUGGUGGGCCUGUGCCCCCCGUCACGGGUGACGGCAACGAGGCAGGUGCCCUGGAGCAGGAAUCGCACCUGAACAUGAACAAGGCGUUGAAUGGGAACUUUGAUUACGAAAGCAGCUACUUUAUGGGGUCUGGUGGCGGUGGUGGUGUGACAAGCAACGCAUACGGGAAUUUGAGGGAGUCCGAUGGAUAUUACGGCAACGAUGCCAGAUCCGCGGAGCACUUGAUACAUAACCAUUUAGAGACUGAUAAACGGGCUUCUCAAUUAGAGAGGGAACUUCUUCUAAAACGUUGGGGAGAAGUGCGUCAGCGUGCUGUAUUCACGGAUAUCUUGCUACAGCAGGUGGAAAUAGUAGAGGAGAAUACCGAGGUGGAGUAUUUCAGGGAAAUUGGUGACAUCAAAGUGCAGCCGGAGCACCCUGAUCUACUCGCCGCCAUGUUUCCAUUUCCGGAGGCCGCGGAGGGGAACGCGGAUUUGUUGAUGGAAGCCAUUCACCUACGUAUACCAGAUCCACCGGAAGGAUACGAAUUAGUCAAACAGGCUCUGGGGAAACGUGCAGCUCGGUUGUUGUCACCACCUGCUGCGUAA